CACCCAUCUUGUUUGAAGUUUUCCCCAGAGCUGACCACUAAUGUGAAGAGAUUGCGAUGGCAAUGUAUAGAAUGCAAAACAUGUAGCUCCUGUCGAAUACAGGGCAAAAACGCUGUAAGUUUUAUAGUGACGUAAUGCUGUUCUUAAUACUGUUUACAUACCAUUUCAUCCGUGAUAUAGAUUGAUAAUACCUUCAUAGAGACAUAGUAAUAAGUAUAAUCUCUCAAAGCCUUAUGGGUAGUAUGUCCUCUUAAUGAUAUUGACUGGUCCCAAAUGGCACCCUAUUCGCUAUAUAAUGUACUACCAAGGUCAAAAGAAGCCGUUUGGGACACCGGCAAUAUCAUUACAUAUUGUUUUUCCAAACAUAGAUCUGCAACAUGUUGUACAUUUGAAGACGCCACCGUUUCUUCAUCCAAACAUAAAUCACCUUCACAUCCAUCAUCCAUAUUAAACUAAACGGACAUGCCCCUCUUUAGAGUGAAAUGACAGAAGGUGUAACGUCUAUGCAACUACAGGGAAGCCACCACACAGCCCCACACAUGCCUCCUGUCUCCUUGCAGGACGAGAUGCUGUUCUGUGACUCCUGUGAUCGGGGGUUUCACAUGGAGUGCUGCGACCCGCCACUCUUAAGGAGCCAAAAAAGGGAAAAGGGGUUUUUUUUAAAAGUGUCUGUCGGUCCUGGUUUGCUGAGGUUGUUUCCUCUCUGUGCCUUUCUCUUGGGCCCUUUUCCCCCACCCCACCCGACCCCCCGAACCCCCCAGGGAACCCCCCCCAGGGAACCCGGGGGGGAACCCUUUUCCCCAAAAAAAAAACCCCCCCCCCCCCGUAAAAAACAAAAAAAAAGGGGGAAAAAUUUUUUUUUUAAUAUUUUCUUUCUUAUUUUCUCUUUCUAUUCCCAAAAUUUAUUUUUAUUUUUCUCUUCUUAUAUUUUCCUUCUCUUCUCUCUCUCUUCUCUCUGUAUUUUCUUUAAUUUUCUAUUUUUUAUUUUCUUUCUCUAUUUUAUUUGAAAAUCUUUUUUUAUUAUUAUAUAUAUUCUAUUUUUUAUCGGGUUAUCAAAUAUCUUAAUUAUAUUCUUUUUUUUCUUUUAUUAUUUUUUAUUUUUUUCUUUAUUUUAUCUAUUUGUAUCUUCUUUUUUUAAAAUCUUUUUUUUCUCUGUUUUUCUAUUCUUUUAUAUUUUCUAUAUAUAAAAAAAGAGGGAGGGGGGGGGGUUUUUUGGGGAUUUUUGGGGCCCGGGGAAAUAAAAAGGGGGGGGGGGGGGGAAAAGGGGGGAAAAAAGGGGGGGGAAAGGGGAAGCCCCCGGGGAAUUUUUCCCAGGGUAGGGUGCUCGGGGAAGGGGGGGGGGUAUUUUCUGUAAUUGGGGUGGGUUUUAUUUCGAAAAUAGCGGUUUCGUGUAUGGCGUGGUGGGUUUGGGUUUGGGGUAGCGCUCCCUAACUCUGGUUUUUCGGUAGCCCUCUCGGGGAUCCCCUCGGGAAAUUUUCCCCCCCUGUUCUCUCUCUCCGGGGGCAUCAAAAAGAGAACGAGGGGAGCCGGGGGGAAACCCCAACGGGGGGAAAAACCAAAAGGGGGGGUAAGCCCCUCUGGGGCCGAGGAGCGCGGGGAGAGGGGAGAGAGGAGGGGAAAAUUAAAAGGGGAGGGGAAGGGAGAGAUUUUAGCGAAGGACAAAAGGGGUAAUUAUAGGAAAUUUUUAAUUCCAAAAGGGAAUCUUGGAUUCUUUUCUCUCUAAAAUUUUCUACUCUCUAUUCUUAUACCCUUAUUUUUUCUCUUUUAUCUCCUUCUAUACCCGUUUGUAUCCUCUCUUUUCGGGUAUCUCUCUUUGUAUCCUCUCCCCUUUUUGGGGGUUCUCUUCUUUUUCGUUCGUUUGAUCUCUCCCCUUCUCCUUUUUUCUCUCUCUUUUCUCUCUCUCUCCCCUCUUCUGUAUCUCUUCUUCUCUUUUGGUUAUCUCUUUUGGUAUUUUUUCCUCUCCCCUCUGAUUCUCUGUAUCUCUCUCUUUUCCUCUCUGAAAUCUCCUCUCUAUCUCCUUGUAUUCUCUUUUUAUCGGGAUUUUCCCCAUCUAUUUUCUCUGGGGUUUAUUUUCCCCUCUCUCUCUCUCUCCCCUUUUUUUUCCCCUUUCUCUAUCUCCCUUAUAUCUUUCUUAAAAUCUCUCUAAGGGACUCUCUUCUUUUUUUCUUUCUCUCCUCUCUUCUCCUUCUCUUUUUGUAUCUCUUCUCUCUCUCUCUCUGAUCUCCCCUCUCUCUCUCUGUAAUACCCUUCUCUCCCCUUCUGUAUCUCCCCCCCCUUUUUCUUUGUCUCAUCGUAGGUGAAGCAGAGGGGGCCCCUCUAUUAGGAGCUUUGCAUGCAUAUCAAAUGAUUCCCAAGUCCCAUGGGCGAUGUAUUAUCUGUAGAUUACACUACAGGGCCUACAGCUAUGCUUGUAAUGAUUGAACAUGUACUGAAGUGUAGGACGCUUGGCAGCCAGACUAAUAUGCACACAGUCGAAUCGCUUUGCUCAAAAACAAGCUGAAACGGGCAGUCCCAAAUGGUAGCCUUUUCUCCUCACUGGCCCUGGUCAAAAGUAAUACACUGUAUAGGGAGCUGCCAUUUGGGAAGCAGACUAGAAGUCUAUUUGGGUGGACCCUGAUGUUUUUUUUUUCUUAUGGAUUUCCCUGCCUUGUGCUGAUUUUUAAUUGAUUGUCGUUCAUAAGAAGUGAGUAGGAGUGUCUCUCUCUCCCCUCUCUCUCUCUCCGUUCGUUGUGAGUAGGAGGGUUUCUCUCUCCCACUCUUUCUCUGUUCGUUGUAAGAAGUGAGUAGGAGUAUUUCUCUCUCUCCCACUCUCUCUCUGUUCGUUGUAAGAAGUGAGUAGGAGUAUUUCUCUCUCCCUCUCUCUCUCUCCGUUCGUUGUAAGAAGUGAGUAGGAGGGUUUCUCUGCUCCCCCCCCUCUCUCUGUCUGCAUUAAAAGGAAAUGUUUCAAAUGAAUGUGUCCUGUGAAUUGAUGAAGCCACCUAACCGAUUGGCUCUCUCUCAAUUCAAUUCAAUUCAAGGGGCUUUAUUGGCAUGGGAAACAUAUGUUUACAUUGCCAAAGCAAGUGAAAUGGAUAAACAAAAAUGACAAACAAAAAGUGAACAGUAAAUAUUACACUCACACAAGUUCCAAAAUAAUAGACAUUUCAAAUCAAACCAACCAGCCCUUAACCAACAAUGCAGUUCAAUAAAUACAUGUACAGUGGGGAAAAAAAAGUAUUUAGUCAGCCACCAAUUGUGCAAGUUCUCCCACUUAAAAAGAUGAGAGGGCCUGUAAUUUUCAUCAUAGGUACACGUCAACUAUGACAGACAAAAUGAGGAAAAAAAAUCCAGAAAAUCACAUUGUAGGAUUUUUUAUGAAUUUAUUUGCAAAUUAUGGUGGAAAAUAAGUAUUUGGUCAAUAACAAAAAUUUCUCAAUACUUUGUUAUAUACCCUUUGUUGGCAAUGACACAGGUCAAACGUUUUCUGUAAGUCUUCACAAGGUUUUCACACACUGUUGCUGGUAUUUUGGCCCAUUCCUCCAUGCAGAUCUCCUCUAGAGCAGUGAUGUUUUGGGGCUGUCGCUGGGCAACACAGACUUUCAACUCCCUCCAAAGAUUUUCUAUGGGGUUGAGAUCUGGAGACUGGCUAGGCCACUCCAGGACCUUGAAAUGCUUCUUACGAAGCCACUCCUUCGUUGCCCAGGGCGGUGUGUUUGGGAUCAUUGUCAUGAUGAAAGACCCAGCCACGUUUCAUCUUCAAUGCCCUUGCUGAUGGAAGGCGGUUUUCACUCAAAAUCUCAUGAUACAUGGCCCCAUUCAUUCUUUCCUUUACACGGAUCAGUCGUCCUGGUCCCUUUGCAGAAAAAACAGCCCCAAAGCAUGAUGUUUCCACCCCCAUGCUUCACAGUGGUAUGGUGUUCUUUGGAUGCAACUCAGCAUUCUUUGUCCUCCAAACACGACGAGUUGAGUUUUUACCAAAAAGUUCUAUUUUGGUUUCAUCUGACCAUAUGACAUUCUCCCAAUCCUCUUCUGGAUCAUCCAAAUGCACUCUAGCAAACUUCAGACGGGCCUGGACAUGUACUGGCUUAAGCAGGGGGACACGUCUGGCACUGCAGGAUUUGAGUCCCUGGCGGCGUAGUGUGUUACUGAUGGUAGGCUUUGUUACUUUGGUCCCAGCUCUCUGCAGGUCAUUCACUAGGUCCCCCCGUGUGGUUCUGGGAAUUUUGCUCACCGUUCUUGUGAUCAUUUUGACCCCACGGGGUGAGAUCUUGCGUGGAGCCCCAGAUCGAGGGAGAUUAUCAGUGGUCUUGUAUGUCUUCCAUUUCCUAAUAAUUGCUCCCACAGUUGAUUUCUUCAAACCAAGCUGCUUACCUAUUGCAGAUUCAGUCUUCCCAGCCUGGUGCAGGUCUACAAUUUUGUUUCUGGUGUCCUUUGACAGCUCUUUGGUCUUGGCCAUAGUGGAGUUUUUAGUGUGACUGUUUGAGGUUGUGGACAGGUGUCUUUUAUACUGAUAACAAGUUCAAACAGGUGCCAUUAAUACAGGUAACGAGUGGAGGACAGAGGAGCCUCUUAAAGAAGAAGUUACAGGUCUGUGAGAGCCAGAAAUCUUGCUUGUUUGUAGGUGACCAAAUACUUAUUUUCCACCAUAAUUUGCAAAUAAAUUCAUAAAAAAUCCUACAAUGUGAUUUUCUGGAUUUUUCUUUCCUCAAUUUGUCUGUCAUAGUUGACGUGUACCUAUGAUGAAAAUUACAGGCCUCUCUCAUCUUUUUAAGUGGGAGAACUUGCACAAUUGGUGGCUGACUAAAUACUUUUUUUCCCCACUGUAAUUAGGUCUAUACACAGUGUUGUAACAAUGUUAAAUAGUUAAAGUACAAAAGCGAAAAUAAAUAAGCAUAAAUAUGUGUUUUAUUUACAAUGGUGUUUGUUCUUCACUGGUUGCCCUUUUCUUGUGGCAACAGGUCACAAAUCUUGCUGCUGUGAUGGCACACUGUGGUAUUUCACCCAGUAGAUAUGAGAGUUUAUCAAAAUGUAGAUUUGUUUUCAAAUUCUUCGUGGGUCUGUGUAAUCUGAGGGAAAUAUGUGUCUCUAAUAUGGUCAUACAGUGCCAUGCAAAAGUAUUCAUCCCCCUUGGCGUUUUUUUCAAUUUUGUUGCAUUACAACCUGUAAUUUAAAUGGAUUUUGAUUUUCAUGUAAUGGACAUACACAAAAUAGUCAAAAUUGGUGAAGUGAAAUGAGAAAAAUAACUUGUUUCACAAAAUUCUAAAAAAUAAAUAACGGAAAAGUGGUGCGUGCAUACAGUGGGGAAAAAAGUAUUUAGUCAGCCACCAAUUGUGCAAGUUUUCCCACUUAAAAAGAUGAGAGAGGCCUGUAAUUUUCAUCACAGUGUCAACUAUGACAGACAUUGAGAGAAAAAAAUCCAGAAAAUCACAUUGUAGGAUUUUUAAUGAAUUUAUUUGCAAAUUAUGGUGGAAAAUAAGUAUUCCCAAUUGGGAAUCUGUGGUAUGACUGAAAGAUUGCUGUACACCAGCGGAACCCAUCCAACUUGAAGGAGCUGGAGCAGUUUUGAAGAAUGUGCAAAAAUCCCAGUGGCAAGAUGUGCCAAGCUUAUAGAGACAUACCCCCAAGAGACUUGCAUCUGUAAUUGCUGCAAAAGUUGGCUCUACAAAGUAUUGACUUUUGGGGGGUGAAUAGUUAUGCACGCUCAAGUUUUUUUUUUUUUUUUUUUUUUGUCUUAUUUCUUGUUUGUUUCGCUAUAAAAAUAUUUUGAAUCUUCAAAGUGGUAGGCAUGUUGUGUAAGUCAAAUGAUACAAACCCCCAAAAAAUCCAUUUAAAUUCCAGAUUGUAAGGCAACAAAAUAGGAAAAAUGCCAAGGGGGGUGAAUACUUUCGCAAGCCACUGUGCAUUUGGCAGGAGGUUAGGAAGUGCAGCUCAGUUUCCACCUCAUUGUGUGGGCAGUGUGCACAUAGCCUGUCUUCUCUUGAGAGCCAGGUCUGCCUUCGGCGGCCUUUCUCAAUAGCAAGGCUAUACUCACUGAGUCUGUACAUAGUCAAAGCUUUCCUUAAGUUUGGGUCAGUCACAGUGCCACUGUGUACUCUCUGUUUGUAGGGCCAAAUAGCAUUCUAGUUUGCUCAGUUUUUUAGUAAAUUCUUUCCAAUGUGUCAAUUAAAACGUAUCUCUCUCUGUUUCUCUCUCUCUCUCUGUCUCUCUCUGUCUCGCUGUGUCUCUGUCUCGCUCUGUGUCCAGGUACCUGGGUCUGUCAGGUCUGCAGGCUCAAGGAAAAUGGAAAGACAUUUCUGCAUAAGAAAGCCGAUCAGAUCAAACGUCGAUAUGCAAAGCCAAUCGGGAGGCCCAGAAAUAAGCUCAAACAAAGAAUGUAAGUUUAUCAUCAUGAUCUGGUGCGGCAGGUAGCUUAGUGGUUAAGAGCGUUGUGCCAGUAACCGAAAGGUCGCUGGUUCUAAUCCCUGAGCUGACUAGGUGAAAAAUCUGUCUGUGCCCUUGAGCAAGGCACUUAACCCUAAUUGCUCCUGUAAGUCGCUCUGGAUAAGAGCAUCUGCUAAAUGACUAAAAUGUCAAAUGUAAUGAUCUGUUAGAGUAAAUAUUGUAAACCACCUUAUUGCCUCAAGGAAAUCCACCAGCUUUUUAUCGCAAUAUUUUGUUGUUAUUGAGUUAUGACUAAGUUGUUAGUACUUAUAUUCUCAUAAAGUUUAGCUUUGUUUCUCCGUAUAGCUUUUGAUUUAAUGACUCUUAAAAAAUGAUUUUGUUUCCUUAACCCUAUGUUGUUUUGUGUUCUAGGUCUGUAAGCAGUGGUGAUGGCUCCAUGCUAGCCCGGGGAGGAAGGGGGUCACCUGGUAGGGGUCAAAAGCUUACCGUCUAUUCCACAUCUUCAUCUGGUCAUGCAGCAUCUGUGAAGGACGCCACAGACAGAUUGGCUGUUGCUACAGCAGACCCCUGUUGGGCAGGUGACGCUGUCACCCCCACCACCCAAUUCACCACCACCUCCUCCACCCUCUCCACCACUCCCCCCCUCACGCCCACCUCGUCCUCCUCCUCCACCCCAGCAGCUAUACUCACUGUUAACAAGAAAACCAAAGGGCUUAUCGAUGGGCUUUCCAAAUUCUUUACCCCCUCACCUGUCGGCCGCAGGUUGUCGCGAGCCGGCGAGAUCUUAGACUCCUCGACCUCGAAAGGGUCACAGUCUCGUUGUCCUGCUAGGAAAAAGCCUGUCCCUCUGCCAAAACUAUCGAAACUCAGUCAAUCUCAGUCUGUUGUUGGCUUGGCGGCAAAGCUAACCACCACCACCCUAUCUCCCUGUACACUCCCCAUCUCUCCCCCACCCACGUUGCCUGGACAGGGCCCCACCACCUCCCAGGUCUUCUCCAGCUCCACCUCCGCUACCUCCCCCCAGAGCUCUUCCAGCCAGUCCAGCGUCCCGUCCCUCUCUAUUCUCUCUGAUCACAACCAACUUAAGGGACUCUUUGACGGACUCUCCCAUAUAUAUGCCACUCAGGGACAGUCUCGGAAAAAGGGACUGCCUAGCUAUGCGCCGCCUAAGCGCAGGCACCAUAAGGCGUCCAAAACGUGUCCUCUCAUUCCCCAUCCUUCCCAGCAGCACCUUGGAAAGAAAGAGAUGAUACGGAAUCGGUUGAUGUUGUUGUCCCAUUCCUCCCCUGCCUCCUCUUCCCAUCCUGGGCCCGGCCGGCCCACGGGGCGCCCGUUCAAGGUGGUCAGUCAUUUCAGACGUAACCCCUUUUUAAAAAAGCACAGGACGCUAGGCAGGCUAAGAUGUAGGAUGACCCCUCAGAAGGGAACCCAGGAAACACCAGGAAAGGGAGACAUGACAGACGAAGGAAGAGUUAAGGCAGAGCACGACCAUGGUAAGAAAAGGCUUGAACGCUCCAAC